AAACAAUUUAUUUUUUCUUCACGCAAUACAUAUGAACUGAAGAAAAAAUAUUCAGAGAAAAAAAAUAAAAAUCAAUGGCGGCUUCGAAGAGCUAUUUCGCUAGAUCGAACUACCGGUUCCUUUCAAGUGAUCGGAAUGUUUCAGUAACUUCCGAUACGAUGUUCGAGCUGGAUGAAUCCGAUGUAUGGAACUCACCGGCGACAGCGAGGUCAUCGUCGCCGGAGUUUCGGAAAACGAGUACGAGGAUUUCUAGAAAGCAGUCUAUUGCGAGAAGUGAUCGGAACAGUACCGGAGUAACGGUGAAAGCAGCAGCAGCGGCGUCUUCUAUGCCGGUGAACGUGCCGGACUGGUCGAAGAUACUGAAGGAUGAGUAUAGAGAGAAUCGGAGAAGAGAUAGCGAUGAUGAUGGAGAAGACGAUGAUGAUGCUGAGAAUCGGAUUCCGCCGCAUGAGUUUUUAGCGAGGCAGUUUGCGAGAACGAGAAUCGCUUCGUUUUCGGUUCAUGAAGGAGUUGGAAGGACUCUUAAAGGUAGAGAUCUGAGUAGAGUCAGAAAUGCAAUUUUCGAGAAAACUGGAUUCGAGGAUUAAAAUUCAAGUAUUCAACCGAUCGAUCGAUCGAUCUAACAGUGAGAAUUUCAAAUUACUACCUACCUUUUUUUUGUUCAGCAAUCUCAAAACUCUCGAUUUUUCCUUUUUUUUUUUGUUUUUUUUUCUACCUAAUUUUUGAGAUGGUGAAGCGGUUACUGAGUUACAGAUGCAUUGUAAUUGUAACGUUUUUUUUCGAAAUUUUGAGAGGAAAUCAAUUCGAAAAAAAUAAUAAUUAUUAUUAUUUUUGAGUUUU